CGUACCCUAGUACUCCAGUCCCCUCGCUCCAUCGCAACCGGCUGCCGCGCCGCCUCACCGUUCUCCUCUUUCCCGCACCGCCGACGCCGCGGCCUGCUCCAACACCCUCAGCGGCUGAAUUCACAGCGAGAGGCAAGCAAUGUCGGAGGCGGCAGCGCCGAUCGGCCUGUCGUGGGCGCCCAAGCUACCUUACCUGGCAACGACCAGCGGCAGCAGUAAGAAAGACCCGGCGCCAAACCCGAGCACCGCGCAGGGGUCGCUUUGGAAGCCCGGGAGCGACCUCGUGGACGGGCUGUUCGUCCCCCCGAGGGACCCCCGGAAGGCCAACAAGCUGGCCAGGAAGAACGUCAAGGAUACCACCGGCAAGGGCUGGUUCGACAUGCCGGCGCCGAUCAUCACGCCCGAGUUGAAGAAAGACCUCGAGAUUUUGCAGCUGAGGCAUGUAAUGGACCCAAAAAGGCACUUCAAGAGAGCAGGAAAAUCCAAGGCCCUUCCCAAGUACUUCCAAGUUGGUACAGUUAUUGAACCUGCAUCCGAGUUCUUCUCAAGUAGGCUGACAAAGAGGGAGCGGAAGACAACAUUGGUUGAUGAGCUGUUAUCUGAUCAAUCUCUUAAGAGCUACAGGAUGCGCAAGGUACGGGAGAUUCAGGAGAGUCGUACACCAGGAGGAAACCAAAAGUGGAAGAACAAGGGCAAGAAAACAUUUAAGAGGGCCAAGGAUAGGAGAAAAUGAGAUCACUUCGUCCACUUCUGCUUGGUUUGCAAGCUUUAAGAGAGCUGAUGAUUGUACCCAAACAGAAACGAACGAGGGAGCACCUUCAAGUUGCAAUUUUACAUUCUCUCGAUUUUGCAGUAUAGAUUGUGGUUCCAGUGUAAUGUAGUGAACUCAUGUAAUAUGAUGGCAUUUUCAGUUAAAAUAUUAGCAAGUGUAUCUGAACAUCAGAAAUGUUGGUUGAUGUAUUGUUUUUCCACUUUGCAGCAAUGAGUUUAGAGCUUCAGAUUUGCUAAAA